AAUUCUAUGGACGGAGGAGCCUGGCAGACCAGAGUCCAUGGGAUUGCAAAGCGUCAGACACAGUGGAGCAACACUUUCUAUUUGCUUGGAUCCUACUUACUUCUCCACUCUUUAAUCUUGCCAUCUUUUCUAAGCAAGAACCCUAAGCGGGCUGAAUUAAUUUUACGUGGCCUUUAGCCGUAUAGACCAGAGCACUGUUCUUAUCCGUGUGCAGCUCUCAUUUUCAGUAUUUCAAUAUAACACUGAAAUUAAAAAUUUUUUUUUUCAGUUCAGGAGUGUGUAUUUGAAGCAAAGAUGUCAGCCCUAAAGCAAAAUACUGAGAGAUGUGAUUUGGGAGAACAAACGAGUGUCAUGAUGGUAAGCAUCCCGUACUGGGAAGGCAGAAGCUGCGCAGAGAAGACACACUAUAAAUGAGAGGAAACUGAGAAAGACUUCAAAUAUAUCCAUCAGAGAAAUCACACUGAUGAGAAACCUUGUAAAUGUAAAGGAUGUGGGAUAGCCUUUAUGAGCAGCUCAUCCCUUUUAAAUAAUAAAAUUCAAGGUAAGAAAUCUUACAGAUGGGUUAAUUGUGGUCAGUUCCUCAAGAAUCAUACAACAUUUGUUAAUCAUCAGAAAAUUCAUUCUAAAGAGAAACCACAUAAAUGCAAUGAAUGUGGAAUAGCUUUCAGAAAUAAUUCUGUCCUUUUAAGUUAGCAAAGACUUUAUUACAUUAGUCAGAAACUCUACAAUACAGACUGUGGGAAAGCCUUUGCUCAGAAUUCAGGCCUUGCUUGUCAUGUGAAAAUACAUGGUGGAGAGAAGCUUAAAUGUAAUGGAUGUGUGAAAGCUUUCAGGGAUAACUCAGCUGUCUUGGAACAUCAGAGAACACAUACUGGUGAGAAACCAUAUCCAUGUAAUGAAUAUGGAAAAUCCUUUAGGAAAAUUCCGAGACUUAUUAAUCAUCAAAGAAUGCAAAGAGGAGAGAACUAUCACUGUAAUAAAUGUGGAAAAUCUUUGAGGUACAGUUUAUCCUUUGCUAGACAUCAGAAAACUCAUAGUGGGAAUAAAUCCCAUCAACAUAAUGAUCAUGGGAAAGCCUUUAUGAAGAGCUCAGCCGUUAUUGAACAUUGGAGAAUUCAUACUGAAGAAAAACCCUAUCACUGUAAGAAAUAUAAGAAAUCCUUCAGGCAUAACUCUGGCCUUGUUGAAUACCUGAAAAUCCAUCCUGGAGAAAAACCAUAUGAAUGUAAUGAAUGUGGGAAGGCUUUCCCUCAGAAUUCAGGCCUCAAGUGAUAUAAGAAAAUUCAUAAUAAAAUUCAGAAUUUGAGCCAUCAAAUGUAGUUUGCUAAAUCAUGCAGAGAUAGUUUAUUCCUUUUUGACCAUAAAAGAGACAUUCAAUAAAUCCCAUACUUAAGAAAUAUAUUCUGUGACACUCUGUCCUGGAAAACGUCUCACUAGUGAUGAUAUUCAUUGUAGUGUAUACUACUAUCUGGUUUAUACUAGUGAAGUAUUUGAAGAACCUAAAUGUCUAUAUGGAAACAUUUACUACAGAAUGCUAUGUAGCACGGAGAAGGCAAUG